AUGGCUUCUACAAAAAAAGAGGAGAAACUGAUUUUAGAAGCAGACACCGUUUUCUUGUUAAUGAAAAAAGGAUUUCCUAUAUCACGUAAUGUAAGGGCUCAAUGGAUGUUAGAACAUUUAGAUACUUUUAUAAGUAUACAAUGUCCAAGUUUCAAAAGCAAGGAAGCAGCGGAACUUGAGAUUGUAUCGGUAUUGCCAAAGAAUAAACCAGAAUCAUGGUCUUCAGACACGAGUCAUCAGUGUCUUUACAAAGUGACUUCCACAACUUCAAUAAUAUUUCUAGCGCACAAGUAUAGAAUGGUGUUUAACUUGGACUUAAGCCCAUCUCUUGCAACUGUAGAUAUACAACAUGGCGAGAUAGUUAUAGAUGAGGUAUACAUGGCGACUAAACGGUUCUUGGAAAGUAUUAUUAGACCUUUCACGAUACCAGGGAGUAAAAAGAUAAUGCAACCAGAAAUUUAUGUAACUAUAAUAGCUCAUACGCCCUUUUAUAUAAACCCUGCGCAGCAAGUUUUAGUACAGGGUUGGCUAGUUACUGUGGAUAAUGUUAGUCAACUUACAAAUUUCAUAGAAAGUCAAUUGCAUAUAUUAGAAGAGAAGGUUGCAUGUAUUACAGCCAUAGCAAGCCAACAAUUGGAAAACCUAAGAGCUGAAAGCGAACGUUUAGUCGGAGGGCUUUUUGAAGAGAAUAGUACAUGUUUGAACAAAAAUAAUAAUACCUGCGUUUCUAAUACUUCGAUAAUUUCACCGGAAUCAAGUUUUGUCAACAUGUUGAGGUACGGAAUGCUAGCGCUCACUCUGCUACCGGAACAUAGUUGUGCUCAUAUGAUAAUCGUGUCGGACGGUGUAGUAGGAAAUACCGAUGUCCACGUAUUAGAUUCUGUAAUACAACAACUACGUGCAACUACAAUUGCAUGCAGUUUUCUGCAUGUUGGAAGUGCAUAUCAUCCUCACUGUGCCGAUGGUUUGAUUCCAUACGAAGAUCUAUUGCAUUUCAUUGCAAGGGCUACACUGGGCACUUACAUGACUUUUAUUCCAUUUCCUGUACAUUUGAACGAAACAGAGAUGAACGUUUAUCAUAAAAAUUUUUUAUGCUGGCAAUUGUACCGUGAAGUAUGUUGUAACAUUCUGCCCCAUUAUUUGAACUGGCAUUCGAAAAACCUAAUGUUCUACGAGCAAAAGUCAACGCAGCUUUUGCAAAAGAAGCAAAUCGAGGAUAAAGUUACUUGUACAUUGAGCAGUUUGUUGUGUUGUCGCCUUCGAGAAGGAUACUUGAUAAAACGCGCUAAUGUCAGAGACGAAGUGCUUGAAAUUUGCUUCGUCUUGUUGUGGAAGUCUAGUGUUUUACUAGAAUAUAUAGUAACAUGCCCUUGGUCUACAAAAUCAUUGUCCGCAUCUAACACGAUACAGUAUGCGAUUACUAUAGAAGCUCCUUACGAAUUUUUACAUGACAUUACGUGCUUGUCAAAGAAACCAUUAAAAUCACAAUAUCGCCAAGGUGUUGUGAAUCGGUUUUGGGCAACUUUAACAUCUUUAACUGAAAGUGACACUAUGCUUGCACACUUUAGCUGGUUUCCAGAAUUCGGUUGGACUUGGUAUAGCGUACCGGAUACCAUUAGAAGUGGCAUGCCAGUUUUUUAUCUGUCUGCUUAUCCUUCGCCUAGUACAGUACAACUUAGCGAUGCAGCGUGCCCUCAAUUUGGACAAAUAUGGCAACCGGUGGUAUCAUUGAAUCCUCUGCAAUGGGCUCGUUGGAUGCACACUCAAAGAGUAACGUUAAUUCUAUCCCAUGACAGACCACUGCCACGACAUUUACAUCAAGCAAAUCAAAGUGGCCGUUUCCAAUGUGUUCAAAGCCGUCAAGCGGCUGCUGUUCUCUACGCCAUGCUGAAAAAUUGGGCAACUUUCGUCCUCGUGGAAAAUCACACCUACGUGCAGUUUAUUUACAGAGAAGCAGAUAAACCACCUGUCUCGUUCUCCUUGAUUCGUAUCAACUGCAAAGCUCUCUGCGUCAUUCUCAACAUUGCAUUCGCUGCUGGAACGGAAGGGGUUGUUCGGCACAAUGUUGUCGUCGACCUUUUAGAUCGGUUAUCCAAGCUAACUUUACCGAACAGACCCACGGAGCAGAAAGAAACACCUUCUUGCACCAUCAUACACAAAUCUUUGGAAAAGAUUUUAAUUAGAUACGAACGAGUGCCGACUGAUUUGAAUUCGAUCGUUUUUCCCGAUGGAGCACAAGCAACGUCGAUGAGAGCUACAUCGAUGUUAGGGGGAAUUCUGAUGACUAGUUUGUCUAGAUACCUCUAUCACAAUCGAUGGCUUUGGCAUGUGAAACGACCGUUCGUGCAAACAAUUCCUGGAAUUGUAUUGCCAAGAUUAAACAUAACUGCUAUUGCACGAAUUCUUUCCACUAUUACGAAGAUGCGAUUAGCCGAGGGUUUUAAUCUUACUUAUUCAGCGGCGGGUAUUAUAAACAUGGUUCUUGAAGUGCAAAUGCAAGGAGUAAGUAAAAACGGUAAAUCAUACCCGUGCAUUAUCCAGUAUAUUUUAUUUCCGCCGCAUAUUAUGUCGACUACAACAUUAGAACGUGACAGUGCAUCAGAAGAAGACACCGACGAAGGCACUGCAGAUGGUGAAGUGAGCAUGGAAGAUUGCGAGGGUUUUGGUGAUUUUCAAAUUAUAUCUGAAAUUUGGAUUGAACCUCAGUGUGGCUUUGCUCAACUACCUGCACAAUCCACGGCAAAUUAUAUGCACCUUUUGCAGUAUCACGAGCUUCCAGAUGCAAUCGCUCGAAUAGACGAGGAAUGCAUCAACGCGUUACUGACGUUAGAGUAUUUGAGUUUACUGAGUCAAGUAAUGCCAAGUGAAAAAAAUACUGAUAUUAUUUAUGGACAAGUUCAUCAUGACAUCAAGCUACCGAAAAAAUAUAGCAGAAACAUCAAGAAUAAUGGCUGCAACGUUGAGGAAUCCUGCGAAGGUUUACCAACUAUCGACGAAAGGAUACACAUGAUGCAUUUUUCCUUCGAUACGUUGAAUAUAUUGCCAAAAUGUCAACAAGCUGAAUUGUUGUUCUCCAUGUUUACCGGUGGCCUGAUUAACAACGACGAAGAGCGUGGAAGUGCAAAUAAGAUACUAAUGGACAAUUUCCUGAAACACAUGAAACAGUUGCACAAUAAAGAACUUCUGUUAACAUCGGCUGAAUCGCAACGAUUCACAAAGAUGCUUCUCGACAGACGUCGAAUCGGUGGUCCACCUUUAUCGUUUUUCUCUCAAAAAGUGAAACACUUUUCCAACGACGAGCUAAACUCUUAUCCACGUUGGAAGUGCUUCAUUAAAGGAAUUAGCACAACUCACGUAAUUAUCACAAUUUUACCUGCAUCAGAGAAAGAUGUACGUUUAUUUAUGUCUCCUUCGCAUACAGAAGAAUACAUGGCAAGCAAUAGUUCGAGAAAGAAUUCCGAAUCAGUGAUAUUCAACAUGGAUCUGAAGGAGAGCGAAUUGUAUUCGAAAGCUUGCACGACGGAUGUUAACGUGACCGAUUGUUUGUCGUUAAAGAAUAACGAAUCGAAAUUGUACGAUCAGUGCAUUGACAAUAGCACGUUGGAGAUAAAUGCGCAAAGAAGAAGUCAAGAUUGCGACGAAGGUCUCGUUAUUCCAGUUUAUGUCUAUGAUUGUUCGUUAGCUUUGUUGAUCGAUACGCUGGUCGAUAAAUUGAAAAUAUCACACAACAAGGAUAUUUAUCAAGAUCACACGUUUAGAGUUGGUCAACAGGAUUGUAAAGAUUUCGUCGAGUUGAAAUACGAUUAUAACGCGAAACCGUCGACGCCGGAACCGAAAAGCGAGGAUUCCGACAAUACUUCUAGUGAUCAACGAAGUCUUAUGGAGCAUUGCAAACUGUUGAGUUUGGCCCACUGUCAUUGUUACGUGGUUGCAGUUUACAAAUCAUUAGUGCUGCAACAGCCUCUUAGUUAUGAAGAUAUGGAAGCUGCGGUGGAACAAUGCGAAGAAACUCUAAUCGAGAUUAAUAUAACAAAUUAUUUACGGUCUGUAUGCAGACAUUUGAGCAAAUUAUCAGAGAAAGAUUUCUUAGACCAGUUAAAUCCGUCUGCAUGCGACGACGUCACACCGUUGCAUAAUUUAAUUAAAGAAAAAUUCGAAAGAAUAAUUACAGUUGCCUUUAGACCUGUACCUGCACACCUGGAAUUCUAUUAUUGUUCACCAUUUUGUUCAGAAAGUGAAACGGAUUUCGUAGAAUUCCAAAAAUCGGACAGCGAUGAUGAAAUAGAGAAUCUUAUAUUUCAUUCGAUAAAUAUUGAUUGCGCAUCGUCGCAUAGUCUUCGCGAAAAAGUUCAAUCAGGAAAUGUAACGUGGCCAGUAAGGAACGUCAACAACAUUUCAAAUAUUUCAAGGCACGAAUCUACAGAAUCUCUCAACAGCAACCUGCAGGAUAAACAUAUUUAUGGAAGAGAACAGCCUCUUUUCUUACAAUUAAGUUGUUCUAUUAGAUUUCAAUCUAGAUCUGGUCUUAGUAGUAUUCCUGUAAAGUCUCUCCCGACGUGUUUCAUGGAAAUUGUACAAAAGAUGGAAGAUUGUAAGGACAAGGAUAUAGCUAAUUUGAGUCUAACUGAUUUAAAAAUCACCCUGGACAUCAUUUGUUUAAAUCUUCCUAAGGAAGUGCUAGAAAUAAGUCUCGAACGAUAUUCUGGUUUAAGAGCAACCUCGUUUUGCAGUGGUUCACCUAUAGGUAGUUUGAGAACAGAAAGUGGAGGUAGUCUAGAAAAUAAUGCUAGAAAUGAAUUGUUUCAAGAAAGAAUGUCUCAUUUACCUUUGAGUCAACAUAAUGCCAUAAGUAAUUUAAGGGACGAAAUCGAAUGGCUUUUGCAAGAUGAAACUGCAACUGCCCUUUUAGAUAGAUCUACUAUAAAUGAAGAUAUUUUAAGAUUCGUUGCAAAUCACGUAUCUGAAUCAACGGAUAGAUUUAGUUGCAAGGUAGAAAAAGUUCCUUUGCACUUUGUUUUCCCUUCAGAGGAUUGCAAGCCAAAGUUUAUAAGUGAAUUGAAGAAACUUCAAAUCGAUAAAUAUUGUAUCCGUCAAGAAGGGAAUUUGUUUUAUUUUGUGAAGAAUUUAGAACAAGCGUCAAACGAUUCUGUUCUAGAACAGUUUAGAAAUGAAAGAAAAGAAUCGAAAACGAAAGAAGGUAAUACUGCAGAAAAGAUGGAACAAGAUAAACUAUUAGAAAAUAUCAACUAUUAUGACACAGAAAAUAAUUUCAGAAUUCGUUUUAAAUCUCUCGAAGAACCUUAUUUUAAUCCUCUUAAUGUAGCAAAAGAAAAACUAAGUGCCGAUGAUGCGUGUGAAGGAAAUACUAGUUCUGAGAAUUGUUUUCAGUGGUUGAUAGAUCUCGAUAAUCGUAAAAGUUCCCUACCAAACUUCUGGUUAAUAUUAAAAGUUGAAAACGACUACGUUAACGUCUAUUUUCACUGUAGGUUUUUAGAAAUCAUAUCGCCAGAAGUAAAUAGUUAUUGGUGCACGCAGAAAAUGUUGGUCUCUCAGAUAAAGAGUACUUGUCGUCGUGUAAAUCAGUAUUUGCUUCUGCAAAAUCUUCACAAAACCAGCAAAUGUUCGGACCUCCUGGAAACAGAUUCAAGCGAAGAUUACAACUGGAAGACGGAGGCGACAAACGAGUUCAGUAACAUUGUACAGAACAGAGAUUCAAUGCAAAAUUUCACCCCAGGAAUGUUUCGAUGCCGUGUUGUUUGGAAAUUCACCUUCCAAUUACAUCCUCGAUUAAAGACUGGCCCUGGGAGAUCAGGACUUUCUCGAGGUAUAAAAGCUCUACAUGGUGUACUUAAUAGAUUUGCCGUGAGUAACCGGAGUAACAUGUUUGUAUAUCAGGAAAAUAAUAAAAAUGUAUUCUAUUUGAGAUUACAUGAGCAAAUAAGCGACGGAAAAUCAUUGCAAAAUAAAUUAUCCGAAAGCGACGAACAACUGAUUGUUUCUCGCAGCAACAGUGUAGUUUCGCUGUCGCAAGUUAAGUUAAACGACAAUGCUAUGUCAAACGACACGAGACCCAGAGUUCGAUCUUUCAGCGAAAAAGAAUCGAACGUUUUAAAUAAAACCGAGGAUUCGAUAAUCUUAAUGGUGCACGGAAUAUCCGACGCGGGGCCGGAAGUUAAACGUGAUCUGGUGCAAGUCCUACAAAAUCGCUUAGACGACGCUGUUCUCGAAGUUCUAUCUGUUAUGUUAGCAAGAAAUCCAAUGUGUAAAUUAACACCCGCCGAUGUACAUUUUAUUCAACCGCCGAAACCACCGGAAUCUAUCAUACGACUGAACAUACAGAAACAUUGUUUAUCGUAUAUAACUGCUUUGGAAUUUUAUUUGCGACAAAAUAUACUUCAGUUUUUAUAUAUACCAAAGUAUACCGACAACAGAGUAGAUUAUCACUUCCAAGACUAUUCGCAGUUCGAAGGAUCUGCCAAAAGAGUUUCCGAAAUAGAUAUUUUUCUGUACAAUCAAAGCCAUUCUAGUGGAAGUAAAGGUAUUGCUUGUAUAGCUUUAGCAAUCACAGGAGAACACGGAGAACCGAUUGUAUCAUUGGAAAGUAAUUUCCCUGAAACAAGUUUUCCUGAGACAAUAAACGUGGAAGAUUUUGAAAACAUUGUAUCGACAUCGAUAUAUGAUAAAAACUCGAAAGAAACACCACCUGUGAUUGAAUUUAAAAUCUGGAAGCAAGGCAGAGUUAAUCUCGAAUCUUUACUGCAGAAACUCUGCUCUGCGGUUAAACAUGCAAUCUGGGAUUUAGUUACGGAAUAUAAAUUCUUAUCAACUCCGUUGACUGAGCCGCUUGUGAAAACCGCCCAAGAGUUGUCUACCGAAAACAAAGAAAAUCAAGCCUCUGUAAAAACUGAAACUUUGCCGAAAGUAAUGCACGAUUUAUCAAUUGAUCGAUACGAGGCAGGCGAAGAAGGAAAAUUACACAGCAUUUAUUGUGAAACGUUAUCGCAAUGGUUCCGGUUUGCAUUAGAGAUCGGAGUUCCGUCUGUGAAAAAGCACGAAGUUAUUAUUAAUUAUAGACAUGCUGUACCGACAAUUAUCAGAGAAUUAGAAGCUCUUCUGCAAAAUCAAGCGCCGGACACUUCCACUAGAGCUUUCGUUUUAAAAGAUCGACAACCUUUCAUCGAAAAGUCUAUCUUGGACAAGGAAUCAUUAGGCGGAAUCAGGAAAAUGAACCAUUCUUCGUUGGAAAGUGAUGAAAAGACAGGUUUACCUCUUUAUGUGCCAUGUGAUUUCAGUAAGGAUGUACAAGGGACUUUUACUAAGUGUAUUUUAAUAGCUAGAAAUUUUUAUCAAUGGAAAGCUUCUUUUAGCAGCACAGUACAACCGGAAUUACUUGUUCCAAAAGACCAAAAACUUCUACAAAAAUUUAAUCCUUUGAUACUGGAAUCUAAUUUCGUGUCAAGACAACGAAUAUUACUUGCUGAAGUUCGGAGUAACAAUAUAACUCUCUAUACGUAUAAUUGGUCAAAGGAAAAGUCUGAAAAAUUAAUAAAACAAACUGUCAGUUUGGGCACGUGGCUUUCAUCAAGAUCGAAUUUCUUCACGAACGUAAUAAUGCAGAAGUUAGGGAUAUUCCAUCAUCGUCCGAAUUUUUUGAGGGAACAGACAAACUCGCAAUAUUAUCAAAUUACGGACAUGGAAAGUCUUACGAAGUUUUCUUCUGCGUCGCAUAACGAUGGAAAAGAUUGGACAAGAUUGAAUAACAGACAACAAAACGUAAAGCAUAAUCAAUUUUCGUGGAACGAAGUAAUUGGCCAGACGAUGCGAGAUGUAAAACCUAAUAGUUACUUUCACAAUAAUAUGGAUCCAACGAUGAAAGCAGUUUGUGAUCUGCAAGAUUUUCGAUGUCGUGAGAAAAAAGUGAAAGAUGAUUUGAGUAAGUUAUACGCAAUGUGGCAAAAUCGCAACGCUGCUCCAAAUAUUCCAGUUUCUAUCAAUGCUUUAAAUACAUUCAAACAAUAUUCUCGUUUGAUACACUUCUGCCAUACACCGUUAUUGUUUUUACCUUCAUGGCGUUUGCAAUCUGCCGCUACAAGGGAUCACUCGCUCACGGUGCAACCAUCUUUAAGCGCAAGCAUCAAUGUAUAUCAACAAUUAUCACAACAAAUACAAAGAAACCAGGACGAACAAACGAAUAUUCUAAAGUGGCAUCAAGAAUUAUGUAGUUUGAUGUUAUCUGAAUAUAAACAAUAUCUUCAAAUAUUAGGCUUUAGUUCGGUACAAAUAGAAUCACCUGAUAAAAGUUUUGAAGGACAAGUUCAGCAGCAAUCGUAUUACCUUAAAAAAUCAAUGCUUGGAGGAGUACUGUUGUUUGAAAUUCAUUUAUUGCAACCAUUUUUCAUUGUUAAAUUACAUAUUAUCGAAUGCAGUCGACUUCAAACAAAAACUAGUAGCGCCCUGAUGAAUCAAUUUAUGCUAAGUUUCGUAGAUGAAUGUGAUAAAAUCAAAAUAAAUAUGCAUCUGCAUUCGUUCACGUAUGAUUUUCAUUUGCGUUGCAUCCACUCUUACAUUGCUGGGACUGGACCUUGGUCGUUGCAACAAGGUUAUCAUUUGAUUCAUUUUCUCGAUGACUUUAAUAAAUAUUAUAGCAAAGCACCAAAUUACGCAAGAAAUCUUAUAUACAGUGAUGUGGUAACCAUUCACAAUUUGGCGAUCCCGGGCCGGACCUUGUAUUCUUAUCUACUAUCUCAUGAAAACACUUACAACAUGCGUGUGUUUGCCAUGAAAAAUGAGCAUGAAAAUUCUCAAGAAAGCGAAUACGUGUUAGUCAGUUUAAAAAGUACACCUUUAAUUAGCUAUUGUGAUGCACAAGAUACAAAGUAUACCGAUGAUUUCGAUGUUGCUUUGAUUGUAUCACAUUUAGAUCAACCUCCACAGGUGGAUAGGACAGAGAUUACUUUGAAAUAUUAUUUAAUGUUAACUAGUAAACGAGAAUUAUAUCCAAAGAGAGAGGUAGAGAAUAAUAAAUUGGGAAAAUUUCGUACAGUGUACAAUAUCGAGAAAUCUGCAACGAAUACCUAUACAGAGUCUCUUACGGAUAUUUUCAACGAAUCUUCCUCGAGCUUCCAAGAGUGUAGACAAGAUCUGAAUGAUAAAAAAAAUGAUCUUAAACUAUGCAGUCCUAACUGUAAUACUAAUUGUAAUAACACAGGUGCACCAACACCUCCACCAGUACCUAAUUCUCCAUUAACUCAAAAUGUGAAUCCUCCAAGUUUCUCGGUAAAUGCUUCAUCGCCGCAUUUAAUUCAAAUACGACAAGAAUCUAUUAAUUACUUGGGCUAUUAUUCGUCACACGAACAACUGAUGCAACAAACAAUAAUGUCACAAGCGAAUGCAGCUCACAUACAUAUAAGGAAUAUGAUAGAUCGUGGAGCAUUGCAAUGCAGAACGCAUCUUCUCUGGAAUAAACUAUUAGAAAGCAAGUCUACAAUGAAUUAUGUGGAAUUUUCGGAACUCUGCUCUUUAGCUCACGUUGAGCCUUUAUCAAACUUAGAUCCAAGACUCAGGCCAUUUAUUAACCAGCCAAUCUCAUGGUAUCAAACAUUAUCGAAGGUUUUACAAAAUAAAUAUCAAGAGCACCAUAAACAAUUUAACACGCCAGAUGGAAAUAUUACUCAUUUGCUUAUAUUACAUCCAAGUUUCUUUCAAGUCUUCAUGAUGUUGACUAUAGACUUACAUGCUUCACGAGGGGACUUAUUCGCAGUUUAUUGUAAAUCAGAAGAAAUAAUUAACACUCCAUGUUAUAUAGAAGAUACUUAUAAUUUAAUUGAAGGUUUUGUAAAUGCUUGUUGUUUUCACUUGUGGAUGAGCCUCUAUAGUUAA